GUGUUACUGACCUCAGCGUCACAACAAAGCUUCUGCCGACAGUAUAAGACUGAGACGCCUCAUAAAGAUUACUGUGAUAUUGCGAUAUUGCUAGCAUGGAGCCCAACACUGAAGCGAUCAUGGUAGAAAACCUCUCAUUGGAGGCAAUAAAGGACCACCUGCCUCCUAACAGAGAUCAUCAGGAUUUAAAUAAAGGCAAGAAACCAAGAGAUACUGCCGUGUUCAUUGGAAAACUAAAUGCGGUUGGAAAACUUAGGGUGCAAGAUGGUACAGAGGAACUUAAACUGCUGUUCAGAGAAGUCAAGCCAACUGGUGAAAUGGGCAGUAGUGUCCAUAUGAUGUGUUAUGAUGAUGCAGCAGUUGGUGUUUAUGAACAUCUGAAGCCAAUUAGAGGAGACAGUUGGAUCAUGGUAUGGGAUGUUCGAGAGAGACAAUAUCAAGGUUGGGAUCCCGAUAUUUCCCACUCCCUAUACAUGGGGAUUGAGGGUAAGGUGAGGAUUUUUUAUGUCCCCUCCCCCAUCAGUACACUGCCAAUUAGAAAUAUUAUUACUAUUUGGCAGUGUAAUUAUGCUGUAAACAAAAGAAUCCUUUUCGGGGUCAUAAGUGAGGUGAUUAAACACCCCGAGAUCACUACAAACGGCGUAUACCAUACAAUGUUUGGCGUAGUGGAUCCUACGUGCCUGCACCCCGGCGCCUCAAAAAAGGAUCUCCUCUUACAUGUAUUUAUGAACGAACGAGGCACAAAGAAGCUCCGAGGGACUGUCGAGAGAGGACAGAUUAUCAGGACUUCUAAUAUGAUGGUGGAGCACUACAAUAAUAAGUAUGUGGCCAAGGUUUUCUCGGCCAAAUCAGUGGUAAGAUUUAGUUCAGCAUGCAGUGAAGAGUUUGAACUCAUUACUGACUAUGAAAAUUACAGAGUCAUUGAUGUGGAGAAGGCGGAAAUAACCCGCCUGAGAGAGUGGUGGGCCUCUCACCACCAUGAACUUCCACCAAAAGCACAACAGACGGACCCCUCUCAACAGGUUGCCCAACCACCAAGGGUGCAGGACACUGUCAGGGUGGAGGACAGUGCCAGGGUGAAGGACACUAAUCAGCCCAUCAAAAGAACCUAUCCAUCGCCCAGGGGGUCAAGUACACCCGCGAAACUGUCCCGGCCAUCGACGAGUGGGGAGGUGGGGAACCAGCGUUAAACAGGACCCCAGAGAAUAUUUCACACGUGAGAGGAAGUAUUUGUUGUGGCAUCUAUGUGUUUGUUUACGUGGCAUUAAAACUCCCAGAAUGACCCCUAAGGAACCUUGCAAUACCAGCCACACUUGAUUUACUCUUUGUAUUGAUGUUACAUAAUGUUUUUCAUGUGUUACAGGGGACUAGAGUGACGUAACAAUAGAACAAUUUUUGGACAACAGUAAAGUGGGGGAGCUAUCUAAAAUAGCUGUAAGGAUAAACAGCUUCAAUAUACUCAAGACACCACAUACAGAUGAACCAGCUACGAGGGACUUAGAGGGUCGGCACAAGUGGAGUACACUCAUACCACAAGACGCCAUUGAACUGGAAUUUGCCGAAAUUUGGUCCGAGACAAAAAUGAAAGCUAAUCUGGGUGGAGAGGAAUUGAGACGAUUCUUUGCUCUGCCUGCAGCUUAUUCGUGGGAACAACAUGGACUUGACCGCCAACUGUCAAACAUAUUGAACUCACUGAAGGACUCUCAAGAGUAUUACUUCUUUGGAGUAAGAAAGAACUCGACCGAAGACGGUAAAAUUUUCUUCAAAAUUACACAGACGGCAGUACAACUCAUAUCCAUGUAGUGAUGAUUGUCUCACUUACCUCGUGUUAUGCUGCUUAAUGUAUAUAAUUAUCAAGUAAAUGAGUCACUUUUCUGGAAGAAUGUAAUAGUAUUAUUAAAGUGUAAGAUGAGUGUAGUUAUUGUAAGUGUUAUUGUAAGUAUGCACCACAAUAUUUUGUAAUUUAUACCUCAGGUCUUAAUUUACAUGUAAAGUGUUAUUAGUAAUUAUUAUACUUAGUUAUAUUAGCACUUUAGUUAUCUGACAGGUCUGUCCUUAACUUUAAUCACAUAUAAUUAUUUUUGGGUUGAGACAAUAUUUUACAAGCGAGAAAGACCUGAACUGUGGCUUCCUGUGAGUACUGCAGUCAAUAUUUUAGAGUUCCUGUGAGUACUGCAGUUAUCACAAGCUGCCGGUUUAUAUGAGUACUGUAUAUGAGUCAAUAUAUUUAUGAGCAAGAAAGCCUUUAUUACUAUUAUAAUUGUGUUUGAGGUUUAUGAGAAAGAAUUGUGUGUUUUGGUUUAUUGAAAGAUGUAUUUGUAUUUCAUAUUUCUCACUGAAGGGAAAAACGUGAAAGAUGAUGAUUUUGUUAAUUUGGUUACUAACAAAAGUAAAUAAUAGGUAUUUGUAGGGCUGAAUUGUUAUUACCUGUAAUUAAGCUAAUUCGACUAUAACAUUAACCUUACCCUAUCUAGGUAACAUAAGGUUAAUGAAACAGGUGAAUAAUGCUCAGGUAAUCUACCUUGUUUAACUCACAUUUUCAGUCAUUUUUAAUACCUUGUGUGCAGAUUAAAAUCAUCUGUUGUUAAUAUUAAAAGUGUCGUCCCUGUAGUGAAUUUAUUGAUUUUUUUUAUUCAUUUGCAAGACUUUAUUUACUUUAGUUGUGUUUUAGGUAAUGUAACUCGUCAAGUUUAUUGUGAAAAUAUUUCUGUGCAAUGUCAUAUUGUGUAUAUUUUUAUAU